CAUGCACAAGCUAGCUAGCUAGCUAGGAUUAAGGACGUACGCUCCUCGAUCCCUCAGCUGUCUAUAUAUAUGAGUACCUUUUGCAUGGUUUCUCUCCAUCGUCACUCACAAUAUCAUAUAUCUCCGUAAACAAAUUAAGCCUUAAAGAUUUCUCGACUCCCAACAUGUCGAUAGUGGAGAUGAUAGUUCACAUGGACUGUACCGGUUGCGAAAGAAAGAUAAAGAAAGCUCUCCGGAAACUUGAUGGAGUUAACGAAGUUGAUAUAGACAUGGUCACGCAAAAGGUGACUGUCAUGGGAUGGAUAGACCAGGACAAAGUUUUGAAGACAGUGAGGAAGACAGGACGGAGAGCCGAUCUAUGGCCAUAUCCUCACGACCCAGACUACUACAACAUCAUCCGCCAUUACUACCAUCAGAAUCGGCCACUGGUCUACAAUACAUCUCAGUACUCCAGUACCUCUAAUUCCUACGAUGAUUAUAUGCACGGCUAUGACAACCGAGGUUACGUUUCUUAUCAGCAGCCGACGUCAUACCCGACCGCCUACGAUAAGGAUUGGCAAGUGGCCACCACCAUGUUCAAUGAUGAUAAUCCCCACGCUUGUUCUAUAAUGUAAAGUGAUAUAUAACAUAUUAUGAUGUUUGUUGUCGUAUUUUUGUACCGUCUUCCUCCUUGUUUUUGUAUAGGAAAAGUACUUUUUUUUUUUUUAACAAACCUCUGUAUAUCAUUGAACUCAACCUCUUUCAAGUCUGGGACUUCUUCCACCCAUAUUCUUUCACCCCCCAUAUGUAAAGCAGCCUUUGCUAAUGAAUGAGCUACUAUAUUAAUCUCCCUA